AUGUACGACGCUGGACUACAAGAGACCAGCCCGCCAUAUGCGAUCUUUCUAGGGGGUGUUGGGGCAGCGACUGCCAUUAUAUUCCCCGCCCUUGGAGCUGCUUACGGUACGGCAGUGUCCGGCAUGGGUAUUGCCCAAAUGGCUGUGUCCAAGCCAGAGAUGCUGAUGAAGUCUCUCAUACCGGUGGUUAUGGCCGGUAUUAUCGCCAUCUACGGCUUGGUCGUCUCCGUGCUGAUCGCGGGCUCCAUCAGCGAUAGCUACACCAUUCACGACGGCUUCAUCCACCUCGGCGCCGGCCUGUCCGUGGGCCUGCCCGGACUCGCUGCAGGAAUCGCCAUCGGCAUUGCUGGGGAUGCAGGCGUCAGGGGUACGGGCCAGCAGCCGCGACUCUUUGUCGGCAUGAUACUGAUCCUCAUCUUCGCCGAAGUCCUGGGUCUCUACGGGCUGAUUGUUGCCAUUUAUUUAUACACGAAGAUGUAGUC